AUGGCCGCCUUCGACGCGGCCGUCUCCGGCCUGGACACGGCGCCCGACCUCCGCCUCGCCGCGCACCAGUACGAGCAGCUCCUCCACUUGCUCGCCUCCGCGGACGCGCGCCGCGUUCCCCCGGCCGCCGCCGCGCGCCGCGUACACCGAGGGCGCGACGAGGCCUUCGGGCUCGUCUCCACCAUGCGGCAGAAGUACGGCCUCGCGCCGCGCCUCCGGUCCUACAGCCCCGUGCUUGCCAUGUUCCGGCGCGCCGGGGAGGCUGGAAAGGCCUACGCGGUUGAGGCCCACAUGGCGGCCUCCGCUGUAUCGCCGGAAGAGCCCGAGUUCGCCGCACUCCAUGAGGUCAGCGCAACAGUUUGGGACGCAGACAAGGUGUAUGAGUAUAUGCACAAGCUGCAGCGAGCUGUCGGCUGUGUGAUAGAGGAGACCACCGAGGUCUUGGAGGGGCGGUUCCGGUGCGAGAAGGCGGCAACUGCUGGUAAGGCUGAGUGGGAUGUGUGUCAGGUGAGGACGCCCUUGCGGCAAACGACGGUGGGUGCUAUCAACUGGGGUGGCUUUGGACCAGACCAUGGAUGGUGCAGCGAGCCUGGAGAUAAACCCCAUCACAGCAACCGCUUGUCGGCCAGCAGACGUGAUGAGGGGCUCGUCGGCACACCCAUGGCACCGCUGCGGAGCUAUCUUCCUCUUCCUCGCAUCGGCUCGAGGUGGGUGGAGGAGCUCGGCGCCCAUGACCUCCACAACGGCUCCAUCGACGCGCUCCACUGUCUUCUCGCCGGCGCGGGUCUCCGCCUGCCCCCGCACCCGGACGCCGUCGAGUUCGCUGCAAGGAGCAAUGGCAAGCAGCAGCAGCGGUGGCAAGUAGAAGCAGUGGGCAGCAGCAGCAGAGGGCAGAAGCGGCAGGCAGAAACGGAGGGCUGCCGCCGUGUCGUGAUUUGGAUGGAAAAUUGGAGACCGUGUCCUCCAACACAAUCAAUGGAGUGCCCGACCCGGAUUUUACUUGCCUGCUAUAAGAAGGAAGGGUUCUCGGUCGGAUUCUCCGUCAGGUUGCCUCCUUGGACCAUAAUCUUCAUCAAAUCCCGUCGAAAAUGUCAUGAAACGUCCAAUGUCGCCGCCGAGUUUGCUGGAGGAAGAAGCGCCGAGUUCGCCGGAGGAACAAAAUCAUCUGUUUAG